CUCGUACAUGGAUCCUCGCCGUCUGACUCCCAAGAUGCGCCCUUGAGAGGCAGCAGCACACGUCGACUCGACAGCAUGUGGGGCCUGGAUCGGUUCUCCGCCCAUUCGACGCCCUCGGGCACACCUCCCCCGCGGCGCGAUUCCUACUCCCCAGCUCCACGGCGGCCGUAUCCAUCAGGACCGGGGCCUUUGCCGCCUCGACCCGGGCUGAACCCUCGGUCGUCAUCGCUCUCACUAGUAUCGCCUGCUUCCUCGAGCACAAGCCUACCCGCAUCCGCACGAAUACCCAAUGGCGCCGGGCGGAGGCGACCCACAGGGGGAGCCCCCCCAAACGUGCCAGAUCCGCUGCACGUGCUGGAAUCCAUAAUGGGAGGGCCGCCGCGGAAGCCGGUAAAUCUGAAGGGAGAAGCUGCAAUCGGCACUAUACCAAACAAGCCAGAAGAGGUGGUAGUCGACAUAGAUUUCGGAGGGCUCAGCCUGCAGGACUUCGCGGCGGAAGCAGCACCUGAGAUACGGCAUUCUCACCCUGUACAUACAUAUAGCUCGCAGUCAGUUGAAGAAUACGAUAAGGAGAAAGAUAGGUUUGAAGACCUGCACAAGUCUAUAAUAGCUUGCGAUGAGGUCCUGAAGUCUGUCGAAACAUAUCUCACGAAUUUCCAAACAGACCUCGCUGCCGUGUCCGCCGAAAUUGAAUCUCUCCAAGACCGGUCAAUAGCCCUUAACACCAAGCUCGAAAACCGCAGAGUCGUCGAGAAGAUCCUUGGGCCUGCAGUCGAGGACAUCAGCAUAUCACCGGCUGUCGUCAAGAAGAUAGCUGAGGGUCCAGUUGACGAAGGCUUCCUACGAGCUUUAGCAGAUUUGGAGAAACGAUCGAAGACUGCCGCCACCAAAUCGAAAGACCAGCCCGAUCUCAAGGCCGUCGCAGACAUCAAGCCGCUCCUAUCCGACCUCACCAAUCGCGCCAUCGAACGUAUCCGCGACUAUAUCGUCGCACAGAUAAAAGCUAUCCGCUCACCGUCUAUGAACGCCCAAAUUAUCCAGCAACAAGCCUUCCUCAAAUACAGAGAUCUCUACGCCUUCCUGGCAAAGCAUCAGCCCGAGCUUGCUUCGCAAAUAUGUCAAGCGUACAUUUACACGAUGCGAUGGUACUACCUCAAUCACUUCACGCGCUACCGCACGUCCCUUGAAAAGAUAAAAUUACACGUCCUCGACAAAUACGACGUCCUAGGCGAAGACCCCACUUCCAAACGCAGUGGUGCUCUCCUCGGUCAAGCAAGCCGCGGUGCCCCAUCUUCAUACGAUGUCUUCACCCUCGGCCGUCGCCUCGACACCCUCCGCACACCCUCCGUCCACGCCCUUCCCGCCCACCUCGCCGAAGAAGAACAAGGGAAAAGCAUACAUCACCUCGAAACCCCCUUCCGCAGCUUCAACCUCGCCCUCAUCGAUAACGCCUCCUUCGAAUACACCUUCCUCACUACCUACUUCUCGCCGUCGCAAAAUUAUCACGCUAUCUCCCGCACCUUCUCCGCCAUCUUCGAACCGACGUUCGCGCUAGGACAGGCGCUGACGAAGCAGCUUGUGGAGGGGAGCACGGAUACCCUAGGCGUGCUGGUCUGUGUAAGGCUGAAUCAGCAUUUUGCUUUUGAGUUGCAGAGAAGGAAGGUACCUGCUAUGGAAGGCUAUGUUAACGCGACGAACAUGCUGCUUUGGCCGCGGUUCCAGCAGAUUCUGGACAUGCAUUGCGCGGGGUUGCAGAAGCUCACAAGUUCGCUGCCGAACCGGCCUUCAACCGGCGCUGCUCUGCUCUCGACUAAUUCGCACUCAGCGAAUUCGACGGCGCCGACGCCGCUUACACAGAAGUUUGCCAAUCUGCUGCAAGGCAUUCUUACUCUGUCUAGCGAGACCGGCGAUGACGAGCCGGUGUCCAUCUCUGUCGGCAGGUUAAGGUCGGAGUACGAAGCGUAUCUCACGCGUUUGAGUAAGGGCGUCAGCGAUGCAAGGAAGCGAGAGCGCUUUCUGUGUAAUAACUACAGUCUUGUGUGUACGAUAUUGACGGAUGUGGAAGGACGCCUGGGCGAAAACGUGCGCUCGCACUUUGAGAAGCUCAGGGAUGCUUUUGAUAAGUAGAACGGCUGGUUGGGGAGUUGGUUGGUGUUUUGGUGCAUGUAUAGCGAGCAUGGCUAGUUAGAAGCUCACGCCGUGGUAUCGACUUUACAUUUGAGACUGUUACGCACUAUGGACAUGUUGAAACUGAGUAUCCUACAAGUAACCAAUAUUCG